AUGCCCCAAGGACAUACGCCACGAUAUUUGGGGGAUCUGACAGGAUUCGUGGCGUUGAUGGAUGAGUAUUCCAAGGAGAAGUGGACCCUUAAUAAAUGGGAGUCGGGCUUCUGGCUGAAGCAAUCGGUGAUGGUGAGGCUGGGUGGAGAGCCGUUGAAUCGUCAGUGUCAUAUUUUGAGAUGUGCCAUCAGGGAUUGCCCGGUGCUUUGGUUUAAUUUUUAUCAUAGAGAUGGCCGACCACUACGACUGGACGAAAUUCGAGCAUUGCUGGCGCGGAGGGGGAACUUCGAUAGUGACGCGUAUUUUAAAAACGUCACGCAAGAGCCUCACCCCUAUUAUGGGGUCUUAUUUUUCUUUGUGGACCCCGUGGAAACGCCGGGCAGAAUGGCUGAGAUGCCUGGCCAUGGGAAUUAUAUUGUUAGAUGGCUUUCGAUCUACGGGCCCCCGAUUGACCUCCGGCUACCAGAUGAGGUGCUUUUGGCAGCCGGACUUACGCCCUCAAGGCCAAGUUCCUUAAACGGCUGCUCGGCUUUUGAACCCUUCGAAAAGCCGAUUUGCGAGUCGAUAAAUGAGGAAAAUGAGGAUGAGCGUGAAACCGUCGUCUCGUCAGCCGACACCGGCGACUCGGCGCAUGAUUCCCCGGUGUCCAGCGGAUCA